AUGAUUUCCUCCAACACGAGGGCGUCGCGGUCGCGCUUCUCAAGCCCGUCGCGGUCGCUGGAGGCCAAGAGCUCUGCAGCCAAUGAUGGAUCCAAAACGUUUAUGCAGCGGUGGCUGGAGCCGUCCGUCCAGAGCAAGGCAAGCUUCGAGGAGGCGGGAUUGAUGAGAUAUGGCGUGCUGGAGACCAUGGCGCCGCUGGGGACGCUGCCCAAGCCCAAGAAGACGGGCGGCGAGGCCGGACCGGGACAUCAACCAGUUCGGAAAAUCAUUCUCAGGCCAUCAGGAUCGUCGCAUGCCGCAAACCACCAGGACGACCAGACGGCGCAUAGGACCAAACCGAGGGCGACGUCUCCCCCCGCUCCCACAACACCGCCUCCUCCCGCGUCAGCGCCAUCGCACAGGAGGGGACAGGCCGCCAAGGAUGCUGAAGAUGAGGAAUACGACCCCAAGGGAGCUGCGCGUCGGCGACCAUCGCGGCGCGUGUCGCUACCUGCCAAGCAGGCACGGCAGAACGCCAGCGCCAGCGAGGGCAAAAAUGUUACGACUGUUGUCAUUACUCCGCCAAAGCCUAAGCCAGUGGCGACUACUCCGAAACGUGCGCACCGGCGGGAGCCCGAGGAUGCAGAGUUUGCAGACAAGGUGGUCGAAGCCGCCGUUGAUGAAGCGCUCAUGCACUACCGUUAUCCUACAGCUUGGGCUCUAAGGUCACUCUACGAUGAACGAAGCGGCGACUCUGAGUUUGUGGCCAUGAUUGAGGAUGUGUUCAAGCAAAGGGCUGAUGCCGAGACGAUGGAUGAAUUCGCUCGCCUAAUUGAAGUCAAGAAGCGCGAAGGAAAAAAGGAUGACCAAGGCUGUUACUACUUCGUGCCCCCUUCUACGAACAGCAGAUUCACUCCGCAUAAGCCCAAGGCUGCUCCAUAUGCCCGGCUCCUGCUUCAUCAUGCCGACCACGACAAGGGCGAGGUGCGAGCCGCCAAAAGAAGCAAGACUUCUCAUGCCAACGACACUCCGCACAGCAAGAAGAUGGCCAACGGGAGCAAGUCGCACGGCGACAGCGUGCGAACGCCGUCGCGCAGGCGUAAUCGACGGGACUCGGGCUCUAGCGAGUCAUCCCUGUCCUCAGCUAUGAGCCUCUCAUCGCCAGAAGCAAGCUCGUCCCAUGAUGCGCCAAAAUCUCGGCCAAUCACCAGCGCCCGCCGCAAAUCUCUCGCCUCCGACAAGCAGCCCGUGUCCAACUCCUCGGAGCCAACUUCUCCCACACAUCCGAGCCGCACCCACACAUCCGCGACCGAUGCCAGUAUGCCUGGCAGGGUCUCCGGCUCUGAGUUGUUGCUCAGCAAAUCUACAGGCAACAGCAAGUCGGUUUGUCCCAAGGACGGCGGCAACGCUGCCAAGGCUCAAAUGCCUGCAGAUGGUGACGACCUGUUUUGGACUCGGCGUCGCGAUGCUCAAAAGGCUACCAACGCCUAUACUGCACGGGAAAGUUCAGUACGGAAUGGUGAUGAUGAUGAGCGCGAGGUGACUCCUGCUAGGAGGACGAGAAGAUCGCGGCAGUCUUUGGUGGCCCCCGUUAGCACGCGAGCUACGCGAUCAGCCAGCAAGAGGCCGAGCAGCAACAAUGUCAAUGACGACGUCGAUAUUGCCGUCUCAUCACCCUUGGCUUUUUCAUUCAAUGAAGGUAGUUCAACUGUUGGAUCGCGUGCUGUUACGCCAACUGCGCUGCGGCCGACAAAGAAACCGAGAACAGGUCUUCGCAUCAAGUUGUCGCCAAUGAAGAAGAAGGGCGGUACUGCUGCUGGCGUUCCUCGCUCAACUGGCGAGACACCGUCAGCAACAACCAGCAAUGGUGCGCCAAGAGAUCAGGGAUCCGACAACGAUGAAUACUGCUCUGCAUGUGGUAACACCGGCGAUGUCGUCUGCUGUGAUGGCUGCCCACGCUCGUUCCACUUUGAGUGUGUGGACAUGGUGCAGUCUGACCAUCUCCCAGACGAAUGGUAUUGCAAUGAAUGCAGCUUUCGGCGCUACCCCUCUCGUGUGCCCGUCUAUAAAGGUGUAUUCGCGAGCGCUCUCAUCGCUCUGGAGAAGAGCAUUCCCCGUGCCUUUAGCCUCCCCAAAAAGACACAGACUCGUUUCGAGGGUGUUAAGGCAGGGGCUGACGGUGACUACGAAGAAGUGACGAAUAACAGAACAAAGAAGCGUGCUGGCUAUGAUGAGCUGCCAGACUUCUUUAAACAAAGGGAAGAUGGGGAGGCAGUGAUCUGCCACGCGUGUCAGAAGCCAGCCACUGAGAUUCGAGCCAUAAUCCCUUGCAGCGCCUGCCCCUUUCAUUGGCACAUUGACUGUCUCGAUCCACCAUUGGCUAUGCCCCCCGUCUUGAAGACUUGGCGAUGCCCAGCACACGUCGAUGAUGUGUUAGGAGACGUGCCUCCUCUGGCGCCAGCGCAUCGCUUCCGUAAACUUAAAGGCGGUCAAGUCAUUUCACCUGCCUUCAGCCGCGGCAACAACAACAACGGCCACAUCGAACUUGAUUGGGGUGAUGAGCUCGAGGAACCUGAAAAGUCAGGCUGGCGGGAUCCCGACUCUUUUGGCAAAACGUACAGGCUACAAGCCAAGGGAGUCGUCCUUGACUUUAUCGAGCAGUUGAGACGCCGCGGUGCAGGAUACGGUCCUCGCCAUGAUGAAAUGCGAUGGAUGCCGUAUGCAGGCCUACCUAUGGCCGAUUCAGGCGGUGUGCUUGCUGGUUCUGCUUAUGACCGUAAAGUAAACGAGAUGCAAGCGUCUCUGAACCUCUUGGGUCUCAAGCAGAGUCGGUCCGAGAAUAUCGACCAGCUUACAGCUGCUCUUUUAUACACUGCCGAUGAUAAUGUCCUGGCUCUUAUGGCGAAAGCCAAUGCGGACAACAUAGCAUCUGGUCACCUUGUUCAAGCAGAUAAGAUGGGUCUUCGUGCUAUGCUGGCACAAAUGAACGCUAUGGGAGAUAGGAUUCGCCAUCUAUUAGGCGAUGAAGCCCCGCCGCCCACCUCAGUCACCCACAAGACCAACGACAGAGGCUCACCUGUCACCGACACUUCCGACGUGGACACAUUUCCAGAAAAGACGGAGCCAUUGGCCCCCGUUACCGAACCCACUCCACCCUCGACCGUGGACCACGGAGAGGUUACCAUGGAGCUCGAUUAA